CGAAGAAAUAUCUCGAAAAUGCGUAAGCGUAAGACAGAAACCGAAGCGACAUCUGUCGAUUAUAUUAGUCGCACAUUGGACUGGAACAAAUGAACCGGUAAAAACCAUCACAUUUGGCAACGUGUUUGAGUGUUUUUAUCCUAUUAUAAAAAGGAGAUAAUUUAUAAUCGUGAAACAUCAUGACAUCUCCACCUAUUAAAUAUACGACCAACAGAGCCAUUGAUCGUUUCAAUGUUGGAGCUACACUCAUGUAAGUAUUCCUAUUAUUAUUUUUUAAAAAUGGACAUUUCAAAAAUUUAUUAUGCAUUCAAUCAUCAUAACCUAUCAUUGACACGUGUUCGGAGAGUAAUUUCAUUUUUUUUUCUUAGGAAAAUCAUCGGCUACGUCGACUGCAUUGAAGGCCUGAGGGAGUUGCCAAAAUCUCCAUCUAAGUGGAUUUACAAGUGCAUUUUAAAUAACAAUGAUGGCAGAAGGGUUCGCAUACUUUGCUGGGGGGAUGAUGCUCUCAAAUACAAGGAUGAGAUCAAGAUGUAUCAGAUAAUAAAAAUCACUGGAGGGAUUAUUAAAGCGGCCAAUCCACAGUAUCGGCGAUCAACGGACACCGUGAGCGACAAAGAAUUUCAAUUUGGACGUGGGAGCACUUUCGACAUCCUUGGCACAUUUAACAUUACGAAUGGAGCUGACAAUGGAAGGUCGAAGGUCAUCUCAUAUAAAAAAUUGAGAUGGAGAACGUUUGUGCUGCUUGCGGGCCAGUCCAGAUCACUGGAUGAUUCAAAGAGCCAUUCAGAAGCAUUACCACGAAACUGAAAGCUGAAUAGCUUUAAUGACGUGCUAUUUACUCUGGAAGUU